UUAUCUCGUCUUAUCGCGAUUAGUGGUUGAAGCGAUUGUGGCGUGGAGAAAGCGCGGUUAGUAGGUAGAUGCGAUAGAUGUAGAUAGUUUAGGUCAGUGGUUCGAAGCAUUGUAGUUUUAGUUGUGAAGGUUUUCGCAAAUUUCCACGGAAGCUUAAAAUAAAAGAGAAAAGCGAUAUAUCCCGGAAAAGAGGCAAAUAUAAAAAGAGGAAGAAAAAGAGAUCUGUGCCGCCAAUAGUAGACGGUGAUCGAGUUAUAGUGCAACCCCGUAGUUGCAGUAUAUAUAUAUUCCUUUCGAGACAUGCCACUUCAAGUAUUACGGUAACAUGGUAUCGUUGUUGAACGAAUCGCUGGACGUGAUCAAGUCGCGUUUCGCACAUUCUGCUGACAAACCCGAAUGGAUUCCGUUGUCUCUGACAUUGGUGGAGUAUCCGCAAGGAGAUCUUUUUGGGAAGUUCUUGGCUGUAAUAAGUUUAGUACCCUUUGCCAUUAUAGCUGGUUUUCUCGCAUUAAUACUCUUUAGAAGGGAUUUACAUACUAUUGUAUUUUUUAGUGGAGUUAUUAUUAACGAGUGUAUAAAUUUUAUAUUGAAACACACAAUCUGCCAAGCAAGGCCGAUUAAGAGAGAUGGCCUAUACACCGAAUACGGUAUGCCAUCUACACACGCACAAUUUAUGUGGUUUUUUGCAGCAUAUGCGUCAUUUUUUAUAUACAUUAGGUUAAAUUACAACUGUACGAUAGCAGAGAGAUUUUGGCGAACAGUAGUAGUAAUAGGAUGCAUUAUCGCAGCUGUAUUGGUAACCUACAGCAGAGUAUAUUUACUGUACCACUCCAAUAUCCAAGUAGUCUGGGGUGCAUUAAUUGGUGUUGUACUGGGAAUAGCAUGGUUCGCAAUUACACAUACGAUUCUGACGCCGCUUUUCCCCAUAAUAGUUUCAUGGCGAAUAUCAGAAUACUUGUUGUUACGCGAUACAACGCUGAUUCCUAAUGUCUUGUGGUUCGAGUACACGAGUAUUCGCACGGAAGCUCGAGCGCGUGCUCGAAAGCUUUCGGCGAUUGGCAGAUCGCAUUGACAUCUAAUGUCGACUGAUCAGUGUACUGAUAACAAACUGAAAUAAAAAAUGCCUUGAACGAUAAAGCACCGUAAUUCACAGUUUGGCAAAGAUCAAGAAUUGGCGCGAGUGCGUUGAAAUGUGGCUGAGAGAUGUUUGGGUUGAUUCCUCGUUUUAUCGGAGAGAAGACACGUGCCGAAAAGAAAAAUAAAAGAAAUACCAGUACAAACGUACAACGACUGUGGAAUGACCGUUAUCUUCGUCAUCGUCAUCCAGUAUCGUCGUUGUCUCUCAUCAAUAUUAUUUCAUUAUUAGUAUUAGUGUUAUGAUACGCAGUAAUAUAAGUGAUAAUUUUUAUUGAAAAAUGUCCGAGAUAGUAGUAAAACGCAGAUUUUACAUAAAAGAGAAUCAAUUUACCUGACUGUUGAUGAAAAGAUAUUCCGUACUAGAAAGGAAACGAUACUUCUAUGCGUAUUAUACUGCAUUAAAAGACAUGUACAGAAACCGGUAUAAAAUGGCCUUAACAUUUACCAGGCCCAAGAUCAUUUGAAUUUUUCAACCGCAUGUUCCAAAUUUAAGCGCGAUCGUACAUUCUCCGAGUUUCUUUUUACAAAUUGUCACCGACUAUCGCCAGUGUUCAACAAUACGUUCCACAUUUACUCCUAAAAGGCGCCGCGCGUCAGCAGCGAAUCUUUCAUGUUCGGAUACUUAAUUAAGUUAAGUUAUCGAAAGUGCUUUUGCAGACGAAUGUUUGUUUCAAAUCGAGACUGAAAAUUGUAAUACGACAGUGGAAGUGGUUAACGAUUAGUCAACAAUGAGCAGCUGCGAGGAGAAGAAUCGAGCCUCUCGACAAUAUAUCUAGUUUAGUAUUACAGUGGAUCGUUUUUCACGACAUGUUUAUCAAGACUCCACCCAUAUAUUCAUACGGAUUUUCAAACGGGUUUCGCGAAGAAAGUUAAGGGCUUAUGUGCGGUAGAUAUAUUCUGUAAUUUGGCACAACGGUGUCGUCAUUAUUGUGCAGGUAUAAUACAUAGUGUUUCGCGGAAAAACCGACUUCUAGAAUAUAUUCUAAGUAAUUCUAAAUUCA